AAUGAAUUUGGUGCUGUGUGGAAGUGACGAAAUCCUGAAGAUGUCUAUAUCCAAACUUAUAAGACAGAAGAAAGACAUGCUUCAUUACCGUCAGACCAAUCUGGUGGAGCUUCCAGCUCUCAAUCAGCUCUCAGAGAAAGAAGUGAUUCAUCAGACUCUCCGCUGUGUGUCUCUCUGUGAUCCUGGAAUUCAUGUUUUCCUCUUCAUUAUUCCUGACGGUCUUCUUACAGAUGGAGACAAAGCAGAAAUGGAGGAGAUUCAGAAGAUAUUCAGCUCAAGAAUAAAAAAACACUUAAUUGUCCUCAAAAUCAAAGAGAAGAACAAGUUUAGUCAACUGAUUAAUAAAAUCAAUCCAUUUAAUUCCUCCGAUACUGAGACUGGGACAUAUAUCCAAACAUUUGGAGAUCAUUUAAUUGUUUUGGAGAACAGCUUACAGUUUCCAGAUCUACUGCAGGAAGUGGAGAAUAUAGUGAAACAAAACAAUGGAGGUUGCUAUACGACAAUCAUGUACCUUCAGGCUCAAGUAGAACUGGAGAGAAACAAACACAAAGCUAAAAUUGAGGAGCUGAGAAGAUGCAUGAUGAAAACAAAUGGUGUACCACAAAAUUCUGACAAUGAUGAUGGUAAUGAAGUGAGAAUUGUGAUGCUAGGAAGGACAGGUGUUGGGAAAAGUGCAACAGGAAACACCAUACUGAGAAAAGAAGCUUUUAAAUCAAUACUGACUCCAUCGUCGGUAACCAGAGAGUGUGACAAAGAGACCUCAGAGUUCAACAGAAGACGGAUAACUGUGAUCGACUCUCCAGGCCUGUUUGACACUGGAGUUGAUAAUGUUGAGAGCAGGAAAGAAAUUGUGAAGUGCGUCUCAAUGGCAGCUCCUGGACCACAUGUGUUUCUGCUGGUGAUUCAACUGGGACGAUUCACUCAAGAAGAGAAAGAUGCAGUGAAGAUGAUCCAGGAGACGUUUGGUGAUCAAUCCAGAAUGUACACCAUGGUGCUUUUCACAAGAGGAGAUGAUCUUAGAGGAACAACAAUUCAAGAUUUUAUUGAAGCUAAUGAUAGCUUACAGAACCUCAUCCAUCAGUGUGGAAAGAGAUACCAUGUGUUCAAUAACAAAGCAACUAAAGAUCAGACACAGGUUUCUGAGCUGUUGGAUAAGAUUGACUGUAUGGUGGCAGUGAAUGGAGGGAGUUUCUACACCAGUGAGAUGUUCCAGAAGGUAGAGAAGAACAUCAGAGAAGAACAAGAGAGAAUCAUGAAAGAGAAAGAAGAAGAGAUCAAGAGAAGAGAAGAACAACUGAGAGCCAAGUAUGAAGCAGAAAUUGAACAAAUGAAGAAAGAAAAUGAGAGAGAAAAACAAGAGAUGCAUAAUAAACUGAAAAAAAAUGAAAAGGUGUUUAAAAAGAAAGAAGAAGAGAUCAAGAAAGAAACAAAUGAGAAUGUGCGAAAAGAACUUCAGAGAAAACUGGAGGAGCAGCAGCAGAAAGAAUUUGAAGAGAAUAAAAGAAAAGAAAAAUCUUUAGCAGAACAUCAGCAAAAUUUAAUAAAAUAUCUAGAAGAAAGACACGAGAAAGAAAAACAAAAACUCCAGGAGAAAAUUCAGCGUGAAACAAGAGAACAAGCAGAGCAUGAAUACUGUGAAAAACUUAAGAAAGAAUUGGAUAAAGCUUUACAAGAAGCUGAGAAAAAAUACAAGGCAGAGCAGGCUAAAGCUUUAAAAGAAGUUAAAGAAAAAUAUGAGUCCGAACAAGCUAAAGCUUUAAAAGAAGUAAAAGAAAAAUAUGAGGCAGAACAGGCUAAAGCUUUGCAAGAAGCUGAAGAAAAAUACAAGACAGAACAGGCUACAGCUUUACAAGACGUUAAAGAAAAAUAUGAGGCAGAAGUGGGUAAACUUUUACAGGAGGUUAAACAAAAACAUGAGACGGAAGUUAAUAAAGCAUUACAAGAAGCUAAAGAAAAACAUGAGGCAGAAAAGGAUAAAGCCUUACAACAAAAUGAAGACAAAUACACUGAAAAAGUGGCUACAAUUUUACAACUGGCUAAAAGAAAACAAGAUAUAGAAGUGGCUAAAGCAAUUCAAGAAGCUAAAGAAAAGCAUGAGAAAGAAAAAGCUAAUGUUUUAAUAGCAGCUGAAGAAAAACACUACAGAGAAAGGAAUAGAGUUUUACAAGAAACUGAAGAGAAAUACACAAAAGAAAAAUGUGAAGCUUUACAUGAAGUUGAAGAAAAACACAAGAAAGAAAAGGCUGAAGCUGAAGCAAGUCUCCCUUAUAGAGCAAAACGAGCUCGGGACUGGAGUCACAGAGUUCCUUUUGUUGGAGGAGCUUUUGGAGGUUUUUUAGGUACUUUUGAAGACAUAUUCAAAUCAUAUGUUCUGUCAAGCUCAAAAUGAAACUAAAAGGUGCAUUAAAGUAAAUUGGGACAAAGUAAAUAGUGUUCAAUCGUCCAGCUUACUAUUCCCUACUGGCAGAGAUCAUCAUUGACUGACAGCCAAAACACUGACCAAAACUUACCCUAUCUGAAGCGGACCAGUUAAGAUGUGUGUUUUUAAGAUAUGUACAUUUUAAGAUAUGUGUACAUUUAAUUUUACUUCAGAUGUUAUCUGCAAUUA